AUAAAUAAACGACAAAAUCACCGGCCAGCAUCCAAAAAAGCGCCUCCUUUACUCCCAUUUUCCUCCUUCCCAAAUCUCCACCGAUCUCGCCUCCGGCCAUCGAAUCAGCACCGCCGUCUCUAGAUCCAGAACCAUCUAGAAGGACCUCGCGGUGCCCUAAUGGAGUCGAUCCUGGCCCGAGCUCUGGAGUACACGCUCAAGUACUGGCUCAAAUCCUUCUCCAGGGACCAGUUCAAGCUCCAGGGGCGCACUGCUCAGCUCUCGAACCUAGAUAUAAAUGGGGAUGUUUUGCACGCGAGCUUGGGGCUGCCGCCGGCUUUGAAUGUGGCCACUGCAAAAGUUGGGAAGCUUGAGAUCACGCUUCCGGCUGUUUCCUAUGUACAAGCAGAACCAAUCACUGUCCAAAUCGAUAGGCUUGAUUUGGUUCUUGAAGAGAAUUCAGAUUCAGAAACAAUUAGAAGUUCAAGCAGCAGUCAAUCAUCAUCCAGCACUACAAAGGGCAGCAGUUAUGGGUUUGCUGAUAAGAUUGCAGAUGGAAUGACGUUGGAGGUAGGCACUGUUAAUCUUUUGAUUGAAACACGUGGAGGCGCUCGGAGCCAAGGUGGCGCAACUUGGUCACCGCCUUUAGCUUCUAUCACAAUCCGCAAUCUUUUGCUGUAUACGACAAAUGAGAAUUGGCAGGUUGUCAACCUAAAGGAAGCAAGGGACUUCUCCAAUAAUAAGAAAUUUAUCUACGUGUUCAAGAAACUAGAGUGGGGAUCAUUGUCCAUUGAUCUGUUACCUCAUCCCGAUAUGUUCACUGAUGCACACUUGACCUCAUCAAGUGAUGUAUCAAACAAGAGAGACGAUGAUGGUGCGAAGCGAAUGUUUUUUGGUGGUGAACGAUUCCUAGAGGGAAUUUCAGGGCAAGCUUAUAUCACUUUGCAAAGGACAGAACUGAACAGUCCACUUGGGCUUGAAGUUCGGUUGCAUAUAUCAGAAGCUGUAAGUCCUGCUUUGAGCGAACCAGGUUUACGUGCCAUUCUGCGGUUCAUGACGGGAUUUUACGUUUGUUUGAAUAGGGGAGAUGUGGACCCUAAGGCACAGCAGCGUUCUGCAGAAGCAGCAGGCCGUUCUUUGGUUUCUGUGAUUGUAGACCACAUAUUUCUGUGCAUUAAAGAUUCAGAAUUUCAGCUUGAACUGUUGCUGCAGUCACUAUUUUUUUCUCGGGCCAGUGUUGCUGAUGGAGAAAAUACCAGAAAUUUGUCACGUGUUAUGGUUGGUGGAUUAAUUUUAAGAGACACCUUUUCCCGCCCUCCAUGCACCUUAAUACAGCCAUCUGGCUUUGCUGUUGCAAACGAAUCAAUGCAAACUCCAGGAUUUGCAGGUGAGAACUUUUGUCCUCCUAUAUAUCCUCUAGGAGAUGAGCACUGGAAAUUCGACACUGGUGUUCCUCUAAUUUGUCUCCAUUCUCUUCAGAUUGCCCCAUCACCUACUCCUCCAACUUUUGCUUCGCAGACCGUCACUAACUGCCAACCUCUUACUAUUGUUCUUCAGGAAGAGUCUUGUUUAAGGAUCUCCUCUUUCCUAGCUGAUGGGAUUUUGGUCAACUCCCGUGAUGUUUUGCCUGAUGUCUCGGUCAAUUCCUUUCAGUUGAUCCUCAAAGGGUUUGAUAUUACCAUCCCGUUAGACGCUGAAAAGGUUGAAAGUUAUACUGGAUAUGGUGCCAUUCAUUCGCCUGUUUUAUUUUCUGGAGCGAGGCUUCAUGUUGAGGACCUGCUUUUCACAGAGUCACCAUCAAUAAAGUGCAAGUUGCUGCAUCUGGACAAAGAUCCUGCUUGCUUUAGCCUUUGGGAGUAUCAGCCAAUUGAUGCUAGUCAAAGAAAGUGGACAACACGGGUUUCACAUCUCAGUCUUUCACUUGAAACCACCAAUAUAUCAGAAGAGCAGAAAGAUUCUGCUGACUGGUCUGCAGGUCUCUGGAGAUGUGUGGAACUUCAUGAGGCUUGUUUCGAGGCAGCUAUGGUGACUGCUGAUGGGGAACCACUUUUAGUUGUUCCCCCUCCAGAAGGCAUUGUCAGAAUUGGCGUUGCAUGCAAGGAGUAUUCAUCCAAUACAUCAGUUGAGCAGCUGUUCUACGUUUUAGGGCUUUAUGCUUACUUUGGUCAAGUCAGUGAAAAGAUGAGUAAAGUAAGCAAAGCUAGCAGCAAAAGUAUUGGGUCUAUGGGUAAUAAGUUAAUGGAAAAAAUUCCAAGUGAUACUGCUGUAAGUUUCUCUGUCAAUAGCCUAGAACUUAAAUUUUUGGAAUCAUCGUCCUUAAACAUUCAAGGAAUGCCUUUAUUGCACUUCAGUGGAAAUAAUCUAUUUGUCAAAGUUUCACACCGUACCCUCGGUGGAGCUUUUGCUGUGUCAACGAGCUUACAUUGGGAGAGUGUCUGCAUCAGUUGUGUGGAUCAGGAUGGAGUGGUAUCUCACAAGAAUUACAUCAGUCUGCCUGAACCUGGAUCACUGGUUGUUGGAAGUGGAUAUCCACAAAUGAGAACAGUUUUUUGGAUUGAGAAUAAAAACCAAUCACAGAAGAAGCCUGUUCCGUUUCUUGACAUAACUGCCGUGAAUGUGUUGCCUUACAGUAUGAAGGAUAUGGAGUGUCAUAGUUUGAAUGCCUCUGUGAAGAUCUCUGGGAUACGUCUCGGUGGCGGAAUGAACUACACUGAAUCUCUUCUCCAUAGGUUUGGUGUACUUGGGCCAGAUGGUGGUCCAGGUGAAGAACUGUCAAAAGGAUUAGACAAGAUAUCUUCUGGGCCGCUGGCAAAGCUUUUUAAACCAUCACCUCUUAUGGACGUCAAUCAGGAAAGUGAUGGGUGUUUGGAUGAUGAGGACUCUGUUAAGCUUCUGGAGUUGGGAAUGCCAGAUGAUAUUGAUGUAGCUAUAGAGUUAAACAACUGGUUAUUUGCUCUUGAAGGCACUCAAGAGAUGGAAGCUGGGAGUUGCAACGGCGUUGAUGCCAGUAGAGAAGAAAGGUGUUGGCAUACAACAUUCCGUAGUUUGAUUGUGAGAGCAAAAAGUAGUGACAAACAUAAUUUGGAUAAUAAAGGAAAACUACAUACAACACAGAAAUAUCCUGUGGAAUUGAUUACGGUGGGUGUAGAAGGUUUACAGGCAUUGAAGCCUCACUCCAAGACUGGUUUCUUCCGAGACUCAACUAAUAAUCAAGUAGACUCCAGUAAAAAGACCAUAGGAAGUGGGGAUGAUAUUGAAGGUGUGAAUGUUGAAGUCAGUCUUGUACAAUCUGAAGAUGGAAGUGCUGAAGUAGACAAGUGGGCAGUGGAGAACAUCAAGUUUUCUGUUAAACACUCGAUUGAGGCAGUUGUGACGAAGGAAGAAGUGGAACACCUUGCAUUUCUCUGCAGAUCCGAGGUCGACUCAAUGGGCAGAAUUGCAGCAGGGAUUUUGCGCUUACUUAAGCUUGAUAAAUCUAUUGGCCAGGGUACCAUAAACCAGCUCAGUAAUCUUGGAACUGAGAGUUUAGAUAAAAUCUUCACACCGGAGAAACUUAGCAGGCGAAGCAGCAACAAUAGUAUCAGCUUCACUCCUAAGCAUAAUGCCAUUGGAAGUCCAGCUCCCAAUUGCAGUAUUGAAUCAACUAUCGCUUCCCUAGAAGCAGAGAUUUUAGAGUCACAGGCCAGUUGCUCAGCACUAAUCUCAGAAUUAAGCAGCUCAGAACCUCCUGAUCAUGUUAAGGAAAUGAAACAACUUCAGCAGAAUCUUGAGAGCAUGCAAAUAUUAUUGACAAGAUUACGGACUAUGGUCUAAUGCGAAGUGAAUUAGACAGGAGAUUGUUGGCAUAUUGUUAUAUUCUUUUUGUACAUAAUGUAUGUUUUUGGCAGUGUAUACGAGGCUGAAAUAAGGAUGAAUUGCCUGCCUCCAGAAAUUUUGUAUAUGUUCUAUUAAUUAUCAUACCUCGAGUUAUAGAGUAAAAGAAGAAAAGAAGAAUAUUUGUUGAGCCUUU